GGGGCACUCGGAAGAACGUGUGUGGGCUCUAUAAUCCCUGGGGAGCGGAACGUGAUCGAAGGGCGGUUGGAUUCCAACAUAGGCGCGGACGGCCAGCUGCGGCUUCGGGGAGAGAGCUAUGGACCAGCCGUCGUGGAUGCAAAACACUGGGCAGGCAGCAGCGCCCCCUGGAACCUCUUCGGGCGGCGCUCCCGCUCAACAAAACGCUGGAAGUCGGUCGGGAGACGCGACGGUCGUCCGAUCCGUUUUCCACUUCGUCAACAUCGGUGUGGCAGUGAUGAUGGCGGCCUCGGCGGCCUUCGGGUUGAUCGACUUCAGGAACUUCGAGAAUGUGGUCUUGUCGGUCUAUCUCAUGAUAUUCGCCGUAUUGCUCUUUAUGUAUGAGUUCGUGCGAGUAAUGGGGAAUUGCGAGCGGCCCAAGCAGAUCAUGACCAAGAAUUUCGGUUUCUUUUUCGGGGCCAAGGGACGAGGGCUCUACCUCGUUUUCGUGGGCUUCCUCAAUUUUCCGCUUGAUUUAACUCUGAGCUUUUGGACAGGGGUGGUGACGCUGGGGUGGGGCGUCCUAACGGUGCUGGCCUACAUGACUCGGCCGGAGUGGUUCGAGGUGCCCAAGCCGGCGCAAAACACAUCAGUAUAA